AUGGCGGCGGCAGCGGCUUCGGCGCCUCAGCAGCUCUCAGAUGAGGAGCUUUUCUCUCAGCUCCGCCGUUACGGCCUAUCUCCUGGCCCAGUGACGGAGAGCACCCGCCCGGUCUACCUCAAGAAGCUGAAGAAGCUUCGAGAGGAAGAGCAGCAGCAGCACCGGUCCGGGGGCCGCGGCACCAAGACGCGGAACAGUAAUAACAAUAACACGGCAGCCGCCACGGUCGCCGCCGCCGGACCAGCGGCGGCGGCCGUGGGGAUGGGGGUCCGGCCGGUCUCCGGCGACCUCACCUACUUACGGACUCCUGGGGGCCUGGGCCGGAUUUCGGCUUCGGGUCCGGAGACCCCCUUGGGAGGGCCUGGGGGCGCCUCGGCCACCCCUACGGCUGGCAGCAAAGUACUGCUGGGCUUCAGCUCGGACGAGUCGGACGUGGAGGCCAGUCCCCGGGACCAGGCCGGCGGCGGCGGCAGCGGGAGGAAAGACCGGGCUCCGCUCCAGUAUCGCGGGCUCAAACCGCCGUCGGCGCCCCUGGCCGCCAGCGAGGUGACUAACAGCAACUCGGCCGAGCGGAGGAAGCCCCACUCGUGGUGGGGGGCCAGGAGGCCGGCGGCCCCCGAGCUGCAGAGCCCGUCGGGGAGAGAUGGGGCGGCGGACGACGAGGAGCGGGAGAGGGAAGACGGCGAGGACAGGGACCCGGAGGCCGAGGAGCCGCUGUGGUCCGGCCGGACCGUGAAUGGCAGCCGGCUUCUGCCCUACAGCUGCCGGGAAAACUAUUCGGACUCGGAGGAAGAGGGGGACGACGACGUGGCCCCCAGCAGACAGGUAUUGAAGGACGACACCCUUUCUCGGCAUCGGCCCAGGCGGGGCCACAGUAAGCCUCUCUCACCCCUGCCUGCGAAAUCGGCCGGCAGCCGGCUGGAGACCUCGGUUCAGGGAGGGGGAGGAAUCGCGAUGAAUGACAGGGCGGCGGCCGCCGGGAGUCUAGACAGGAGCCGAAACCUCGAGGAGUCGGCGGCGGCGGCGGCGGAGCAGGGAGGAGGGUGUGAUCCGCUGGACUCCAGCCCCGUUCCUAGAUACCGCGGUAACGCUAAGAAACUAAGCCCUCUCCUGCCGCCGCCACUCGCGGACAUGGACUCAACCCUGGAUUCGUCCACAGGCUCCCUUCUUAAAACCAAUAAUCAUAUCGGCGGCGGGGCCUUCGGCGUGGACUCCCCCAGGAUUUUUUCCAACAGCCUCCCUCCCAGCGCGGCGCUGGCCGCGUCGAGUUCACUCAGGAUCAAUCACUCCAACCAUACAGGCUCCAAUCACACCUACCUGAAGAACACGUACAACAAACCGAAGCUUUCCGAACCCGAGGAGGAACUUCUCCAACAGUUUAAGCGGGAGGAGGUGUCCCCAACGGGGGGUUUCAGUGCCCACUAUUUGUCCAUGUUUCUCUUAACUGCUGCCUGCCUGUUUUUCCUCAUUUUGGGACUGACAUACCUAGGCAUGAGAGGGACGGGAGUAUCCGAGGAUGGAGGACUCGGCAUAAAAAACCCCUUUGAUGAAACAUUUGGAAACAUACAAGAAAGUGAGAAAAAUCUUAUGAUGAACACUUUAUACAAGCUUCAUGAUCGAUUGGCACAGCUUGCAGGAGAUCAUGAAUGUGGCAGUUCUAGUCAGAGAACACUUUCUGUUCAAGAGGCAGCUGCAUAUUUGAAAGAUUUAGGUCCUGAAUAUGAAGAUAUAUUUAAUAUCUCAUUACAGUGGAUUUUUGAAAAUGGAAAAGAUGUUGGAAUAAGGUGUGUUGGUUAUGGCCCUGAGGAAGAAUUGACAGAUAUAGUUGAUGUUCAGUUUUUACAGUCCACGAGACCACAGAUGUCCUUCUGGUGUCGCUUCCGGCGUGCUUUUGUUACUGUCACGCACAGGCUGCUGUUGUUGUGCCUAGGUGUAGUGAUGGUCUGUGCUGUUCUGCGCUACAUGAAGUAUCGCUGGACGAAAGAGGAAGAGGAGACACGGCAGAUGUACGACAUGGUGGUGAAAAUUAUAGAUGUUUUACGAAGUCAUAAUGAAGCUUGCCAGGAAAACAAAGAUUUACAGCCUUACAUGCCUAUUCCCCAUGUGCGCGAUUCUUUAAUACAACCUCAUGACAGGAAGAAAAUGAAGAAAGUCUGGGAUAGAGCUGUUGACUUCCUUGCUGCUAAUGAGUCUAGAGUUCGCACAGAAACACGAAGAAUAGGUGGUGCAGACUUCCUAGUUUGGCGGUGGGUCCAGCCUUCUGCCUCCUGUGACAAAAUAUUAGUAAUACCUUCUAAAGUGUGGCAAGGUCAAGCAUUUCAUUUAGAUAGAAGAAAUUCACCACCAAAUAGUUUGACCCCAUGUCUGAAGAUUCGAAACAUGUUUGAUCCAGUUAUGGAAAUAGGGGAUCAGUGGCAUUUGGCAAUUCAAGAAGCAAUUUUAGAAAAAUGCAGUGAUAAUGAUGGCAUUGUUCACAUUGCAGUAGACAAGAACUCUCGUGAGGGUUGUGUAUAUGUUAAAUGUCUGUCUCCAGAAUAUGCUGGGAAAGCUUUUAAGGCAUUGCAUGGCUCUUGGUUUGAUGGGAAGUUGGUUACAGUAAAGUAUUUACGACUAGAUAGAUAUCACCAUCGCUUUCCCCAGGCUCUCACUUGCAACACCCCCUUGAAGCCAUCAAAUAAACACAUGAACUCUAUGUCUCAUCUUCGUCUUCGGACUGGCCUAGCCAAUUCUCAAGGAGGUUCCUGA